CACGUGUAGUCACUUCCUGUAAGGGAGGGCCUGAUCAACACACUGAAAGCUCUGUUUUGAAGUGUUUUUACGCCAUGGAUGAAUUACCUGCAGACCUCCAAGCAUUUCUUCUCAACCACCCGUUUCUCCAGGUUACAGAUGGCAAAAAGAUCAAAUGUACUCUGAAUGGCCAUGAAUUCCCAUGCAACCUGACGGAGCUGCAUAACUUCACUAAAGGGAAGAAAUAUGAGAAGCUGAGUGCUGCAGCAGAGUUCAACUACAGCCAGUAUGAACCUCACGUUGUACAAAGCUCCAAACAACCCAAGCAGCUCUUCUGUAAGCUGACCCUCAGACACCUCAACCGGCAGCCACAUCAUGUCCUCAGACAUGUUAACGGGAAACGCUUCAAGAAAGCCCUCUCCAAAUAUGAAGAAUGUAUGAAGCAAGGGAUAGAGUUCCUUCCAGCCAGACUGAAACAGAAAAGGCCCAAAGACAUCGGAGAAGAGGUCAAUCGGGGGAGACCCUCAAAACAGGGGAGUAAGUCGUGGGAACCGUCAUCCAGUGACGACGAUCACAGCGACUCAGAGGACAGCAUGAGCGACCUCUACCCUGCCACUAUGUUCACUUUAAAUAAUGAGGCUGAAGAAAGUGUGGAGGUUGACGAGAAAAAGGAGGAAGACGACUUCCAGACAGACGAAGAGGAGGAAAUGGAGGUGGAUAAGCCGGUGCAGCAGAAACGGAAGAAGGUACAGGGCGGUGGUUUUCAGAAGAAAUUCAGAAAUAACCACCGGAAAUCAGGGCCUAAGAAACCUGUACAAGUGCCAAAUGGAAAGUAAAAAACAAAACAACAUUCAAACAGUAUUUUUAUAACUGGUCAUUUGUAAGGGAAUAAAACUGCACUUCUAGUUUGGAGUAGUAAUCCUGUCUGAGCCAGCCUGACGUUGUAUCGAUGAACAUCCAGUUGAUUUUUCAUAUUUUCAGCAUAUGAAAGGUUGUCUGUUUAUUCCAAGCUGUGAUGUUGCAAAGUUCUGAAGAGGCUGGUUUACGUGACACAAUGUUGACUGGAUAAGUUGUAUUGUCUGGUUUGUCCAAAUGUGCUAGUAUAAAAUACAACUCAAUUUGGAUUUGCAAACAUUGUGUUUUCUUUGUUUUGUUUUACUAUAUUAACUAUAAAAUGGAUUAAAAGUAGGAGACACCUUAACAAACAGAGACCAUGUCAAUAAUUUGACCGAGAAGUACUAUUCAUAAAAAGCAUUUUA